AUAGAGUGUGUGCUGCCUUUAUCGAACCCAUUAUUGUUUUCAUUUCGUUAUCCGGAUUGAGCUGAGCAGAGCUUCUUCCACCGCCGGCGAUGUCUCGGGGAACGGAAAAACUUGUUGAGAGCGUCAAGAAAUUUGUGGACAAGCAGUACAAGCUGUUCUCGCACCGUUACGGCCACCAAAUCUCUGACAUCCUUGACUUCCCCAUCAAGGUCGUGCUUCUGCCCUUCACUCUCCCCUUCGACAUCGCCGGCUCUGCCCCGCGCGGCUUUGGUAUCCCCGAAUUCAUCUCCAAGCUCUCCUACUCCGCCGUCUUCGCUGUGGCUGCUCUAGGGACUUAUGAUAUUGGGUUUGAAUUGGGGAAGAAGGUUAUAUGUCAGAGGAAUUGCCGGACCUGCACUGGAUGGCAGGCUAUGCAAUGCACCAUGUGUAGAGGCUCGGGGAAGGUUCAAUACCAAGUAAAAAAUUAUUCACUGAGAAGUGGAGAGAAGGCAACGGCUGAAAACAUUGCUGAUGCAAUCGCGGAAAACCGAGCAGAGUUGGUCCACUUACCGUCUAGUGUUGACCUACAUUUGCCAUUCCCCACUAAAGAAUGCCCCAGUUGUGAUGGAUCGGGGGUUAUGAAAUGUCCGGAAUGCAAAGGCAAGUUUCCGGUCAGAAUAUCUGCGGACGAUAUAAUGGAACCUCCAUGGAAAGCUUAUAACAUCUUGCAAAAGAUGGACUAUCCAUAUGAGCAUAUAGUUGAUAGUAUGAAGGACCCCAGCAUCGCUGCGUUUUGGUUGAUAACUUUACCUGAGAUUGUUGGAGGUUUCGAGUACGAUGCAGAUAUUAAGCAAAAAAUUUGGUGGGAAUACAAGGAAUCCAUGCGGUAUGAUCAACUUCGCGAUGAGGUUGUCAAACGGAAGCCUGGGUGGGAGCAUCUGCAGCAGGCUUUAAUCUCCAUUGAUCCCGACCGUGCUAAGGAUGAUCCUGCUGUUGUGAAAAACGUUUCAUUUUACAAGGCCAAAAAAGCUCUGGAGAUGGAAGUAAUGAAUCUUGAUCCUCCACCACGGCCCAAAAAUUGGGGGGAAUUGGAUAUGCCGCUAAAUGAAUCCUUUUGGAGCGAGGAAGACCUUAAAGAUCCAAACAAGCGCGAAGAGAAGACAAUUCUUCUCAACGCACAAAGAGAAAUGGCAGAUAAAAUACUAGACUCACAGUGGGAAGCAACGUGGCGAAUAGAGAAGUUGAAUGAGAUGCUAAAAGAGAAAACGGAGCCAUACUUGCAAAACGGCGACAACAGUGUCCUCUCACAGGCGAUAGUAUUGCCGGCCUCCCAAGGAAGCCAAGACCAAAAGAGAAAUCCAAGAAAGCAACGGAGAUGGUGGCUCUUUUGAUCUUCCUCGUCCUGCAUUGUAAAUAAUCUCUGAGUUUAGAAAUUUCUUGUGAUUUGGAGUUUCUACCAAGUAAAUUGACUGGUCUGAUAGAAUUUUGAUGGCUUGUUGGUUUUAUUUUGUUGCAAUGGGGUCCUCAUCGUGCUCCUAAGGGUGUGUUUGUUUGUGGGUUUGAAUUUUUUAGUAAUGAAAAGUUGAAUUUGAAUA